UCCCCUUAUAAAAUUGCAAGACGUUUUAAGAUGUAUACAAAAUGCUUAAAUUAAUCGUAACGCUAGAUAUGAUAUGGAUUUACACCUAUAAUAAUGCAGAAAUAAGAGAACAAAAGUAAAACAAUGCAUUUUCAAAUAAAUCCAAAAUUGAUUUUAAAACGCGGAAAAUAAAUGAUGGUUGUAUUACGUUCUAAAAAGCGGAAAGAUGAUUGUCAGUUUCCUAGAUAUAAAAGAUGGCUACCAUUAGAGAAGUUUUUUCUCGCGUUGAUGUUGAUAGCUUUUGUUGCACAAUUUUGUGUCGUUCUUCCGCGUGAUGCUCCGUUUACUCAUACGUCACUGAUGAAAGGUGGUUUCAAGACAUUACAACCUUCAAUAAAACAAACUACACACGAGUUUAAAGAUACUGUAAGCGCUCUUCAACCUCCAGCGGCAAAGUCAUCUGACGUCACAUAUAUCAUGAACAAUGUCCUACGUCAUUUAACAAAGUCACCCAGUACCAAACCGAUAAGAAGUGAUGUAAACGAUGGCCUUCUUCCACCAAUGAAACCACUUGUUACUAAACAGAUGAGAGAUGAUGUGCCCGAUGGCCUACGUCUUCUAACAAAACAACCUGGCACCAAGCAAAUAAUAGGUAACGGGCACGUGGACCUGCGUCCACCAACAAGGUCACCUGAUAUCAUACAGGCUAGAGGUGAUGUGCGCAAUGCACUACGCCCUUCAACAAGGUUAACUCAAUCCCCAAACCAUCAAAGCCACCAAACUAGUGUCCAGCUUCGAUCAGUCAUUUCUCAGCAGCAGACGACAGAUUUUCAAAGAACGCAUGCUAGAAAUUAUAAUAGACAACUACACUUAAGGGAUCAGUGUAAACUUUUGAGUCAAAACCAAACGUCAUAUAGAAAUGCAUACAUGAAAAGGGAUAUUUUAAGAAUUCUAACGAGCUCAACUUUAGCCCUUGUAUAUUGCCGUGUCAACAAAGCAGCCUCCUGGUACACUAUUAGUAUAUUACGCAACGUUUUGGACUGCAACGAAGACUGUAUGCGCCGAUAUUCUCAAAGAAUCCGAAGUUUAUCGUAUGCAAAGAAAAAAAAUCAGAUCAAAAAUUCAUUUAAGUUUUUGUUCGUCAGAGAACCCUACGGUCGAUUGUUUUCUACAUACUGUAAUAAAUUCUAUCUUCCAAAAGGGAUUUGGGAUCCCAUAGGGAAGGAUAUUGUCAGACGGUACAGGAAAAACCCUUCCGAAGAUAGUUUGAAAUACGGAUAUGACGUCACAUUUGGGGGAAUUUUAAGGGUGUCCAUCAACGUGGUCAUCAUCGCUGAAUGUCAGAAUUCAGUCGAGGACUUCAGAGUUCUUUCAUGUGAGGAAGCCAAGAAACGUUGGUGA